AUGUCCGGCUUCGAUGACGGAGGUGGGGUCUUUGCCCCGGCGGACAACUUCACUUCCGACGAGGAUUCCUCGUUCACCAGUCGGUCGACGUAUUCGCGCUCGACAGCUCGGUCCGACUCCGAUGAAGCAGCUGCCCCUGCCGCCGCUCCUGUGUCCAUCGACGACAGCGACGAUGAGCUUAUCUCCAACUCGCGCCGGAGCCGGCGGUCGGACCGCGGCGCCUCCUCCAUCGAGAGGACUUCUUCCAAGAAGAUCUCCCUGGACAUGGAGGACUUUUCCGAGUCCGAGCUCUCCGGCGCCGAUGACGAUGAUGACCUCAACAGCAGCCGUUCACAUGGGAGCGGCCGUCACAGCCAUGGCGCCUUUGCCUCCGGGUCGGAUCUUUCCGAUCUAGAUGACAUGGACGGCGGGUCUGACGACGAGGACAGCCUCCUGUCUUACGAGCGGACCCAGCCGGCCACGCGCCCGCUGCCGGCCUUGCGCGUGGAGCUUGCCGAGCGCAAGCCCUCGUUGGAUACCACCCUUACGGGCCCGCCUGGGACUGUGGCCCCGCGGUACCACCUGCUGAAGCUUCCCCGGAUGGUGCACUUCGCUCCGGCUCCCUACAACGAGGCGUUUUACAUGGGGACCCCGUUCCGGGUGCUGACCGGGCCGGACUCCGCGCCUGAGGUUCAGGAGCAAAAUAGCCGCACCUCGGUUAUUGGCAUGGCAAUCAAUCCGGACUUCGCCACCUCCAAGACCCUGGUGGCCAAUACAGUUCGUUGGCGGCAUGGCGCGUCUGGUCGAAAGGAAAGCAACGCCCGCUUCGUCCGCUGGGACGACGGCACCCAGGGCGUCUUCAUUGGCCAGCAGUACUUCGAGGCGCCGAGCAAGCUGACCGCCGAGCAGAUGCACCUUUACACCCGGUCGCCUGCCCCUGCGCCGGCCGCUUCCCCCGGUCCCAAGGCCGGUCCCAAGUCCUUCCUCUUUACCUUCCCCCUGGCGACCAACUACUCCAUGAACCCGACUCGCAUGCCGACCCUUCCUCCGGCCAUGUUUUCCCUGCCGAAGAAGGACGUUCCUUCGGAUAUCACGGUGACCUCGGCUGUGCUUUCUUUGAGCGCCCAGUCUGACAGCGCCCCGGCUGCAUCAGGCCGCUCGAGCAAGAAAUCCCGCGCUCAACGCCAGCCGCGUGAAACCGCUCUCUUGGGCAAGCCAGUGGGUGCUGGCCGGGCACGCUCUGGCCGUCGUGCCAACGAUGAUCUGGAUGGCUUUAUUGCCACUGACUCGGAAGACGAGUCGGCCGACUUCACCUCCGACGAUGAGGGGUACGGUUCUCGUGGGUCGGCCAAGCGCCGGCGCUCCGGCUCCUCCUCCAGGACCGUGGCCGCCAAGAAGAAGAAGGCCUCUUCCUCCUCUUCCUCGAGGAAGCGCCGCCGGGACCGUUACCACUCGGAUUCCAGCGAGAGUGACUUCUCCGAGGACGAGAUGGACGACUUCUCGACCGACCAGUCCAGCGAUGAGGCCAGCUUCUCCUCGGACAGUGAUGAUGAUGUGGACUACGAGGACUCGCGUUCUGGCGGCCGGCGGUCUAGCGCGUCCCAUUCCUCCAGGAAGCGCUCCCGCCGGUAG